AUGUGGGCAUCCUCCGCUACAAACAGCUCCUACUCCUCCAGCGUCUCCUCCUCAGACCCUCACCUUCCCUACCAACAUCCUCAACCAACAUCAACCGUCUCCCUAGGCUCUCAACCUCGCCGAGCCCCGAUGAAAUACCGCCGCUUCUACUCCUCUCCCGUUGACGACGGAGACUCAACACCUAUCCAACUCUACGGCCUCGAGCAACGGCCCCUCUCAAUCAUCGAAAAGCCAAAACUCCUCCGCCGUGUUUCCCAUGCCUUGGACGAUAUCAAAGAAGACUUCGCCUACCAAAUCGGCGAUCCAUCCAGCACAGCCGCAAAGCUCAAGCGUCGCUCCACUUUUCUGCUAGACGGUUCUCUCGGCACAGCUCCCCGCCCCGAAACAGCAGACUGCCAUGGCCCACCUACCUCGCGACGGAUGUCAAUUAUGUCCGCUGCGCCAGAGCGAGGCUUGAGUCGCAGACUUUCGCGGAGACUUUCCAUUUUCGGUGGUCGGAAGGGUCUUGAACGUCCUUCUACAGCUAGUAUUUCUACACCGAAUUUGAUCGGUUCUUCGGCUAUGAACUAG